AAGAAAGAAGAACAAAAACUGAGGAAAUGAAAAGACGACAUUUCAUAAAACGUGGAUUUCAAAAUAAGUUGUAAAUUAAUUGAAAAAUUGUAAUAAAAAUUGACCGUCAAAGGGAAAUAUAACAUAAAACGGUGCGGUAUUGUCACGAUAGUGCAUUUGUCCAAGUGACAACUAGUGAAUAUAUCAACAAUUUCGUAAUCUCUAUCAUACUGUGAAUCCAUUUUUUUACUUCGAUUGCGGAUCAUGUAAAUACAGUCGAAGGUCACAAUAAUGAAUUCAUCAAAAACAUUUGUUGCGAGUCGUUUAAGUUCGUCCAAAUCGGUAAUAUCCAGCCGUCUUUCCGUUGGUUCAACAUAUAGUUCGUCGAAACGGGAAACUAGUUUCCAAGCAGCCCAACAUAAUGCAACCAUUCAGUCGGCUAAAUCUGCAAAUCUUCGGGAAAUCUUGCAGAAUGUCAAAGAGAAUAAACAGUUGUACGAAAACUACGUAAUUUACGUAAAAAGCAAGGCCAUCACAUCCGACGAAUUUGCGGCUAUCAUUCAAAAUGGGCAACAGUGCGUCGAUUUGCUAACACCCAAAUUUUCGAAACUUGUUCACGCAAUGCUAUCAAUGCCCUGGUUGCGUGAAAACGAAGAAAAUCGUCUGUCGUACACAAAAUUCCUGAAAGACAUCAUAACGGCCCACAAUAAAUUCGUCGAAGAUGCUCUGCGCAGAUUGGUGUCCCAUUGGAUACCCAGCGAUGAUGAACGGUCAUGGAAAAGAGGACUACCGAAUGAACAGGUCGAAAAGGCGUUAACAAAUUUACACGAUGCUAUCAAUUCGAUACUGGACAUCAUACCGCUGACGUCGGACAAAAUAAAGUGCGCGAUCGAGAACAAUUUUCCACACAUUUCGAAGCCACCGCAUGUGUACGCUGGCUAUGUUUACAAUAUACUUCGGCUACUGGAUUAUCGUCCGAUCUUUGCGAACGAGCUAAUCGAGUUGAUUUUUAAGAAGUUAAUUGAAUUGGAUACGAGUGCUUCCAAAUCAGCGAUUCAGUCAUAUGAAUGCGACGAUGAUUGCACUGAAAACCCGUUGAAAGAUUAUGAAGAUGAUGAAAUGAAAUUCAAGUACGCCGAAACAUUGGAUCUGUGCAUGGAACAACUGUUUUCAUUUAUCGAUAGAGAAUAUGGCCGUGAUGCGAACAGAAAAAGGAAAUUGAAAGAUCUUCUGCUGGACAUAUUCGAAAAUUUGAUACUACCAACGUACAACAGUCAUCACAUUCAAUUUACGAUAUUCUACUAUAGCAGUUUGAAGCCUGCCAUUCUGCAAUCAUUUAUCGACACGUGCUGGUCAAAAUUAAACAAUUUCAACGAAGCGCCACUAAUUCGUCGAACGGCAGUGUGCUACAUAGCCAGUUUCAUGUGUCACGCCAAAUUCGUAACGAACAAGGAUAUCGAAUCGAAUCUACAGUCGUUGUGCGAAUGGGCGAUAACGUACAUGGAGAAUGCGUACACAAUGCUGAACAACAUCAAUGCCAUGAAAGCUCACAUGGUCUAUUAUUCGGUGUGCCACGCCAUAUUCCACAUCAUUGCAAUCCGAAUCGAUGCGGUUUCGGAUCGAAGGGCUAAAGAUUUGGGAUACCAACUCACCAGAAUCGUCAAAUCUCCGUUCAAUCCGUUACGCGUCUGUCACAACGACAUUGCGACAAUAUUCGCGAGUGUCACGAAAUCGCAUCAAUUGGUCUACUGUCAAACCAUACUGGAGCGAAAUGCUCGUCAUCGACUGGCCACCGUCUAUUCGAAUGAAAUAGCCAUGCCCGACCAGACGUUAGACAUAAUUAAUCCGUUCGACGCGUAUCUACUGAAGAAAUCGGGUAAGCGAAUAUCGGACAUUUAUUGGCAACAAUUGGUGCCGUCCGAUGAGGACAAUGACAUUGGUGAUGCUAUGGAUGUGAUGGACCGGAAACGGGUUCGGCUAGAGUCGUUAAGUGAUGAGUAUUUUAUUAAUCCGAAGAAAGUGAUGGUUGAGAUAUCCAGGAGCCUGGAAAAGGAUGUGCAUUUUUAAGAGGGAGAGAGAGAGAGAGAAGAAGUUACAAUAAAAAACCAAAAAAAUAAA